AUGGUACAAGGCGAGGGUGUGGAUGGGGGUAAGAUAAAGAUGGUACAAGACGAGGGUGGGGAUGGGGGUAAGAUAAAGGUAGUACAGGACGAGGGUGUGGAUCGGGGUAAGAUAAAGGUGGUACAAGACGAGGGUGUGGAUGGGGGUAAGAUAAAGAUGGUACAAGACGAGGGUGGGGAUGGGGGUAAGAUAAAGAUGGUACAAGACGAGGGGGGGGAUGGGGGUAAGAUAAAGGUGGUACAAGACGAGGGUGGGGAUGGGGGUAAGAUAAAGGUGGUACAAGACGAGGGGGGGGAUGGGGGUAAGAUAAAGGUAGUACAGGACGAGGGUGUGGAUCGGGGUAAGAUAAAGGUGGUACAAGACGAGGGUGUGGAUGGGGGUAAGAUAAAGGUGGUACAAGACGAGGGUGGGGAUUGUGGUUUAGAGUUAGGAAUAACAGGUGGGUAG